AUAUUAAUAUUUUUAUUAUUGACAUACUGCUUGUUGGUAUAAAAGAAGAAGAAAAGACACAGAAAAAAAAUACUCAAACAAUAAAAAAGAAUGAGUAGUACAUUUGCUAUUCGAUCUUUAAGCAAUUCAAUAGACCAAUUUCCUUUACACCAGCUAUUUCCAACAGCAGAACUUGAUCAUGAUCUAAAAUAUAUCGACAAGACAUAUUACGAUUCAACUCAAGGUUACAAUAACGAAUCCAAAUUAGCCCAUGAAAAGCAACUAUCAGUCAGCCUUCAAUCGUUGGUAUUAAAUAAAACUAUGGAUUUUGUGAGAUCAAUAUCACACCUCGAUCUACGCAACGUUGGCCUCUUUACUCUACCAAGUCAAGUAACAUUGUUGACUCGUCUCACUCUACUUGAUUUGUCACACAACAAACUUGUCAAACUACCUUCAUCAAUAGAUCAGUUAAAGAAUCUGAGGCAUUUAAAUCUAUCCUAUAAUGAACUUACUCAAUUGCCAUCAAACAUAUACAAUUUAGAACGACUCGACCAUUUAAACAUGUCGUUUAAUCCUCUCAAGCAAAUAUCUGCCAGUCUAGCAUGUCUAUUUCAUCUCACGUUUCUUGAUCUAUCCAACACGCAUAUUCCUUCUAUUCCAGUAGAACUGCUUGGGCUAUCCAUGACAAUAAUCAAAACAGAUGGCUGUAAUGAAUUAAAGGAUCGCUCAAUUGAAUUUAACCAAAGGCUGAUACAUAACCCUGUUAGUCUUUUGGAGACAUGUGCUAGGCAGCUUAUUCAACCUAUUCUACACGAAUUAAUUGCAAAAAAGAAGAAAAAGAAACAAUACGACUUGAAAAAGAAGCAAGAAGAAUUAAGGCAUCUCCCAGAACAUAUUGUAUCCUAUUUAUCACAGCCUAAAGCAUGCUCUUCUUGUGGAGGACCUUAUUUUCAAUCCUGUGUGAUUCGUUACCGUAUAGUUCAAAGGCAAGAUGACACAUGGAUACCAGCAGAAUACAGGCUUUGUUCGGCUCAUUGGAAUACUGAAGACGAUCGCUUAUUGGCUUUAUUUUCAAAAAAGCCUUCCUCUUAUUUACCAUCUUCAGCAGAACUUUGUCAAUUAAGAUUAACUUGCGCUGUUUAAUCUUAAGAUUUAUGUAACAAAUAAAAUUAUGCAAUUUUCUUUUUGGAAAUAAAGUUGUUCAGUUAAAUAGCCGCUGAGGCACGGC